AGGGAAAGUCGGGAACUGGGCUGCGGGGCUCCCCCUGCCGGCGGAGCGCGGGAGAGCAGAGCCCAGGGAGGUGGGAGCGGGCGAGGAGCCCUUCCCUCCACCCACUGCCACACGCUCCGCGGCAGCAGCCAGCACCUGGCCUCCGCUAGGGACAGGAGACGCACCUGCGGCAGCAGCAAUCUGGGCACUUCACUCCCCGCUUCUCGAGCGGCCGGUGCAAGCCCUGGCAGCCCCUCUGCAGCGCCUGCGAACCCGGCACCUGCCCCUUCUUCUUCUCUGUCCGAUCGGCCGGUGACAGCCCCCGGCUGCACCUUUUCCUGAAGUCUGGGAGCCCCCACUCCACCCCUGCUCUUCCCUAUGGGGAUCCGAGAGUUUCCCAACAGUACGGCGAGGGGCAAGACCAUCACAAUUGGCAUGAGGAGAUCUCCAGAUGUCAGUCCCAGGAGGCUGUCAGACAUCAGCCCGCAGCUCCGGCAGCUCAAAUACCUGGUGGUGGAUGAGGCGAUCAAAGAGGAUUUGAAAUGGUCCCGAUCCGUGGAAGAUCUCACCAGUGCUUCCGUGGGGCUCACGUCCAUCGAGGAAAGGAUUCUGCGGAUUACCGGGUAUUAUGGCUAUCAGCCCUGGGCUGCCAGCUACAAAAGGGAUGAGCACUCCCGGGAAUCUCCAGCCCCAGCAGAAGCACAGAUGCAGGCUGGGGUGGAAGGCAGUGGAAGGGGAAAUCGUUGCUGUUGGAAAUGCUCAGUGACCCAACUCAAGAAAUUUUUCUGGGGAGUGGCAGUGGUCCUGGGUGUCUGCUCCUCCUGGUCCGGUUCAACCCAGCUAGCAAAAUUGACCUUUAAGAAAUUCGAUGCACCCUUCACUCUGACAUGGUUUGCAACAAACUGGAACUUUUUCUUUUUUCCUUUGUAUUAUAUUGGACAUGUUUUCAAAUCAACUGAGAAACAGUCUCCGAAGCAGAGAUACAGGGAGUGCUGCCGAUUUUUUGGAGACAAUGGCUUGACUAUGAAGGUGUUUUUUACCAAGGCAGCACCCUUUGGUGUUCUUUGGACACUCACAAACUACCUGUACUUACAUGCAAUAAAGAAAAUAAACACUACGGAUGUCUCCGUGUUGUUCUGCUGCAACAAAGCUUUUGUGUUCUUGCUUUCAUGGAUCGUUCUCAGGGACAGGUUCAUGGGAGUGAGGAUUGUGGCUGCUAUACUUGCUAUUGCAGGGAUAGUCAUGAUGACCUAUGCUGAUGGAUUCCACAGUCAUUCAGUAAUUGGAAUAGCACUUGUUGUGGGAUCUGCCUCAAUGUCUGCUCUUUAUAAGGUUUUGUUCAAACUUCUCCUGGGCAGCGCUAAAUUUGGAGAAGCCGCCUUAUUCUUGUCUGUGUUAAGUGUCUUCAAUGUCCUUUUCAUCACCUGUAUUCCUGUCAUUCUGUACUUUACCAAAGUGGAAUACUGGAGCUCUUUUGAUGUUAUUCCUUGGGGGAACCUUUGUGGAUUUUCAAUUCUCUUAUUGACAUUCAAUAUUCUAUUAAAUUUUGGAAUUGCUAUUACAUAUCCUACCUUGAUAUCUCUUGGAAUUGUGCUCAGCGUACCUGUCAAUGCAAUUGUUGAUCACUACACGAGUGAAAUUGUCUUCAACAGUGUCCGUGUAAUUGCCAUUGUCAUCAUUGGCCUGGGCUUCCUCUUAUUGCUUCUACCAGAGGAAUGGGACGUCUGGUUAAUGAAGCUCCUCACCCGCCUCAAAGUGCGGAAGAAGGAAGAGAUCCCCGAGGGGAACGGAGACAUUGUUUCAGGAUUGCAGAGCAAAAGCAGGAGAACUCGCCCUUCCAUGUCAUCCUUCGCUCAUUAAUGUUAUUUUUAUUGAAACUCUGUGAUUAACAUUGUAUGUUAUGAUUCAAGGGUCUUUUCUUGCGAAGCACAUACGUCCAGUAUAGUGUACAUACCUGUACAGUUUUGAUAUGAUACAGUCUAAGGCAUCAAGUUUUGGCAUGUCCAAUUUGCUUGCACUUUUUUCACAUCAGACCUUUCACUUAGAAAUACCACUUUAAAAAAAAUCAAAAGAAGAACCUCUCUCCUCUUUUUCAGUGAAUGUAAUGUAUAGUCAAAUUAUCUUUGCUUAUAUCAUUUUAAAGAUCAAUUUUCAUGAGAAGCAGGGCAGAUAUUUUGAACAUUAGAAACUGAAUGACGCAUCACACACUGUGAUUUAAAAUGAGCAGAUGCUAUGCUACAUCAUAUGUUUAUUUUCUACCAGAGCUAUACUCGUAACUUUAAAAGUUUUCAAAAAACCAAAAGCAAAUCUUUUGGGGAAGGUGGGAGAGGAAAGAGAGGGAGAAUAGGAAACUGCUCCGUGAAGAUGAGUGCACUUUGUGCCAGGACAAGAGUGAGGUUAAAGUGCUAAAAGGCUUGCACUGAAGUAAUACAGGAGAAGCAGUCAAGAGCCCAGUCUCCUUAUAAUGCACAUGACUGCGCUCCACGUUUAAGACCAUGCAAGAGAAAUACAGUGCCUUCUACAGUAUCCUAGUCUUUAUCCGUGUAGAACCAGAUCACUCUGCAAGUAACUUCUGCCAUUUUACAAUAUAGGGGGCCCCCAGUGCUCCUAAAACUCCCAUUGAAGUCAACAAGUGCCCACUGAGUCACAGACUUCAUUGGGAAUUUAGGGGGAUCAGAGGCUGCAAGUUCAUGCCCUGUGCACCUAAUUCUCUUCUCACUUGCACAGAUUUUACCCCCAGGUGGAGUUACUCUUGAUUUACACUAGUGUGAGUAAGAGGAAAACUUUACUUGAAAUAAAAUUAACAAGGAAGCUGACAGCCAGGUCUAGAGAAACACGGUUCAUGAUGUACAGUUUGAGCCCAACAAGGUGAAUUGCCAGUUGCUUUUACUCUACAGUUGGGAGUUUUAAAAAGAAAUGUACGAUAUUUACAUCAAAUGUAAUGUAACACCUUUUUAUGAAACUUGUAAGCACCAGGAUGUUUACUUAUGCGAUUUAGGUUCGCCAUUAACUUUCUAUCUGUGAUAGAUCACAUGCUAUGUAAAAAGGAAAAAAAGUUAUAGUUUACUAUUUUUGAAGUUUACAUUGUUGCAUACAAAAUUAAAAUGUUAUUUUCAACGGUUGCCAUAAGCUGAUGGUACCUGCUGUCACAGAGGCAUACUUUGUGUCAGGCAAGUGUGACGUUCACUUUGAAACUUUUUAGCAAAUGAAUUUCAGAGUCCAUUAUCUGUUUGGCAAAACUAAUUAAUAAAAGAUUUAAAAAAAAUCCCAA